AGUCCCGUACAAAAUGGCAUGCAAUGUACAUGCGCAGUCUCUCCUCUCACCGGAAAUAAACAAGGGGAAAAUGUCUUGUCAAAUAAGGAUUUAAAAAGAUAACCUCAUACGAUAGCUAGGCAAGUGGACGUAUCGGAUAGGAGUCGCAGAACAAUAGCGUCCAACAUACUGACAUUUUAAGGUCGAAGUCGGCGCCCGUACAGAGUUGCGAUCCGGUGAAUGGGAUAUGGAGUGUGUCACAGCUGUUCUUGAUGACUUGGAGGGUAAAAAGGACACCCUAGCGGAAGUGGAGUUUGAGCACAAUGUUUACACUCGUUUUAUGAAGUCUCACCGCUGUUACGACCUGGUGCCCACCAGCUCUAAACUGGUCGUGUUCGACACGUCCUUGGAGGUAAAGAAAGCGUUUUUUGCUUUGGUCUCCAAUGGGGUGAGAGCAGCACCACUCUGGGACAGCAAGAAGCAGUGCUUCGUGGGUAUGCUGACCAUUACAGACUUCAUCAACAUCCUGCACCGUUACUACAAGUCCCCUUUGGUUCAGAUAUAUGAGCUGGAAGAGCACAAGAUUGAGACGUGGAGAGAAGUGUACCUCCAGGAUUCCUUCAAGCCCCUCGUCAGCAUCUCCCCCAAUGCCAGCCUGUACGAUGCCGUUUCCUCGCUGCUGAAGAACAAGAUCCACCGGCUUCCCGUCAUCGACCCCCUGACGGGGAACACCCUCUACAUCCUCACCCACAAGCGCAUCCUCAAGUUCCUCAAGCUUUUCAUCUCGGAGAUGGCCAAGCCGGCGUUCCUCGGCCAGACCCUGGAAGAGCUGGGCAUCGGCACCUUCCACAAGAUAGCCAUGGUGCGUAAGGACACGCCCCUCUACACAGCGCUGGGCAUUUUCGUGGACCAGAGGGUGUCCGCACUGCCGGUGGUGGAUGACAAUGGGCACGUGGUGGACAUUUACUCCAAGUUCGAUGUCAUUAACCUGGCCGCGGAGAAGACCUACAACAACCUGGACGUGACGGUGACCAAGGCCCUGCAGCACCGCUCGCAGUACUUCGAGGGCGUGCUCACCUGCCACCGCCACGAGACGCUGGAGGCCAUCAUCAACCGGCUGGUGGAGGCCGAGGUGCACAGGCUGGUGGUGGUGGACGAGCAGGAAGUGGUGAAGGGAAUCGUUUCCCUGUCGGACAUUCUCCAGGCACUGGUGCUGACCAACGGAGAGGAGGGAACGGCUUGAUGAAAGGAUGGGGGAAGGGACAGUCUUCUUCCCUUUUUCUCUGUCAUCUGUGGAAAAGGUGGAAUACUGGAGAAGGAGGGAGGGUGACCGAGAGGAGGAGAGAGAGGGGGGGAAGGGAAAUGUGUGUGGAUGCCCUGUUAAUAUUUUCUGAACAUGCCCUUAUACCCACACACACACACGCACACGCACACGCACACACGCACACGCACACACUCACACACACACUCUCUCACACUCACACACACACACACACUCUCUCUCUCUCUUUCUUCUUUUUCGCAUUGCAAGCGGAGGAGUCGAUAGAUUUUUACCGUGGCAACGCAGGUCGGGGGCAGCACAUCAGAACCCGCACAAAUGAAUGUCAGACCAGCAGAAACCGUCAAUCGCUGUCAAUACUUUUGUACACCUAGUGCUGGAGCUGCAGAUUAGGGGCAUCUUGUUUUUUUUUUGUUUUUUUAUACCUAACAUUUAGGGGAUCAAUUCCAUGUUUAAGAACAAAUCUUCCAUUCCCAUGUUUUUUUUUAGAUCAUUUCGUCCAUGUUUGGAAAGGGACCGCUAGCGUGAAUAGCGCUAACCGCGGGAGGGAACCGUGUUCCUGGUGUUUCUCUGUAGACCAUACUGAGAGCUCAGCGAAAGGCCCAUAUUUGGAAGUUACUUCCACUCCGUGCUCUGUGUAGCAGAGCUGUACUGACAUUUUUUAUCAUUUUUUUUUGGGGGGGGGGUAAUGCUUGGUAAUGUGAAGUCCUUUGUCACAAAAUUGGCAUUAUUGUUUCAAUUUCUAUUCAUUUCAUGGAUUGCUUUUUAACAGACACAAUGGCUGAAUAUUUAUGUAAUUAUGAGAUGUGGGGUUUUGAUCAUUUGUUUGGUAUUAGCUUUUUCACCCUAUGAUUAUUUUACUUAUUUCAUUAAACACUUAUUUCAUAGAAAGGAUUGAGAUCCGUGCCCCCGGAUUGGAAUUGGGUUCAUUUAGUCAUUCUUGUAAAGUGCGGUUUCUUGUUACUUGUUGAUCUGUAGUGCAGUUUUAUUUCAUAUCUUCUGGUGUAGUCUGAUUAUCUCCUGCCUGUGACUCGAGGUCAGGCCGGACCGCGGCGCGCCCCUGCCGGGCCGACAAAGCGAAAGUAGCCGAGUCCCGUGAACACGUGGGGCCGAACGGCUAUGGUCUGGCACCGGGGCGGGAGGCCCAGUGCGUCCUGACCUCGUUUUGUUAACCUUGCUCCUGACGUGUUGGGAGAUGGCUGUGAUUGGACUGUACGACACAGGAGGGGGCGUGUCCCAGCCCUCUCAGUCUCCCACAAUACGGGGCAGAAAGGCCUCUGUGAUCCUGAGACCAAAGUUCCUCAGACACUGGUCCUGGACACCCACUGGGCCGGCCCGUUUUCAUUUCACCAUUAAAAUCUACAACCAAUUCGGACCCAAGCAAUUCGGUGAAAUGAGUUAACCGUUCGAUCGACCGCUUUAACUGUUCGAUUAAUCGGUGAGCGAUGCCAAAAACCCGCGGACCCCGUGGUUCUCAAACACCCAGGGUCGAGGGACCCCUGAAGUUACAUGCCGGUUAACCUCCGCAUGAAAACCCAUUUAGGAAAUGUUCAGCAAUGAACCCUUUCUAGGCACGGUUCCUUUUACUUUUACUAGGAAAACAUAGGAUAUUGAAAUUGGUGAUAAUACAUAAAAACCUAACCAGCCCCUUUGCUUUAGAGGUCUAAAAAUGGCCAGUUUUUUUACCAGCAUCAGACUUUCACAAAAGAUAAUUCUGUGAAAAUGAAAUGAUACAUGAGCGUAGCUGAUCUUAUACCACGGGUAUAGGUUAGGCUCGCUCUGGCAAUAAGACUGGGCCGCUCUGGGUAGUUUCAGAGCUCUGGCCAACCCAGGAGAUUGCAUGCAGAAGAAAAGCACAGUAGUGAGUGGGGUAAGAGCACAAUGUGUGGACUGUAUCGUGCGUCUGUGUGCACAGAUACGAGGAGCGCAGACUUAAAAUACCGAGUUCACAGUCGGCACCUCACGAUUCCCCUGAAUUUUCGUCAGAAUGCCUCCAAAACACUUCACGAUCGUUAAACCUGCGCAGCACACCCUGAGCCAAACAGAAGAUUUCGUUGCAAAGUACACGUACUUUUGUUUUCAUUUUCAGCGGUUCUUGAAAUAUCAGUGGGGGUGUCAUGUCAGUUAUCAAGUGCUGCAAGAAAGGGCGGUAUGUGGGCAGUUGCUGAUGCCCAAUUACAUUUGCUGUUUUUAUUCAGAAUGGACAUAUUCCCUUCGUUUUUUUCAGAACUAUGAAUAGACAUGUAUACACGUGUAUAUAUCAGAACACCCAUUUUUUCUAUUCAUGUUAAUUUUUAAUUUGAUGCAUGACAAAUAAAUUAGAUUUUCUUUUUA